AUGAGCUUCUUCGGCGGGCCCUCGUCCCACCGCUCUGCCUCCACACGCUCGCAUCAAAAGACCAGCCACAGCAGACCUAUAUUCCCACGCGCGCCUUCCUCCUCGGCCUCUUUUUUCUCACGCAACGGAGGGUCUUCCUCAUACUACAAACGACGACCCCGCGAUGGCUACAUUCAGAGUUUAAUCCACAAACUCAAGAGAUUGAUAGCCGAUCUGUGGGAGUAUGCGCAACGACACCCGUUCAAAGCUUUUAUGGCGGUGAUCGUGCCAUUGAUUAGUGCUGGGGGUGUUUUGCAUGGGUUGCUCAGGCAGUUUGGGGUCAAGAUGCCGAUGAUGUUUGACGGCGGUGGGGGAAGGGGUGAUUAUUAUGGGAGUAGUGGGUAUGGUGGUUAUGAGGAGGGUGGGUUUGGAAGUAUGUUUGGGGGUGGAGGUGGUGCUAUGGAUACUGUGGGCAGUUUGAUGAAGGUUGCAAAGGUCUUCAUGUGA